AUGUUCUAUGCCACUGGACAGUGGGGUGCUUCACCAUCAGCCUACCAGACCACAGCUAAUAGUUGGAGAGUAGCUGAUGACACCUUAGAUAACUGGAAUUCUUUUAUCAGAACAUUGAAUGCAGUCUUCCCGUAUACCUUGGAUACCAAGGGCCCAUACAACGACCUUGGAUUUCUCCAACUAGGGGAAAACAAACUCACAAUGGCUGAGAAGAUAACUCAGUUUUCAUUUUGGGCUGCAGCAAAAUCUCCCCUAAUCUUUUCAACUGAUAUAUCCCGCCUCCGUCAGGAGGAGAUUGCGCUUUUAACAAACCCAAGGGCAAUCGCCAUCAAUCAAGACGACCUCGGCCAAAGUAUCACCCUAAAGCACCGAUACUCUGGUGAUAUGGAUAUCUGGAGUGGACCUUUAAGUGAUGGUAGUACAGUUGCAGUCAUCAUUAACUGGUCAGAUGACGAUCCACAAAAAACAAUUCAGCUCGCAGAUUUGGGUUUUUCAUCUGCACACAUGUAUGAGGUACUAACUGGAAACGAUCUCGGAUUCUUCAAAGAUAGUUAUUCCACCACAAUUGAGAAACACGGGAGCUUGUUCCUAAAGUUAACUGAGACCAAACCGGCUCCCCAGCGCAAUUUCAAGCGCUUCCCAGUUGAAAUGGCUGAGAUAACGGGUUCGGCGGUAAUGAAAGAUACAUCGCGUGGUAUCAAGGUAGCAGCUAAUCUCAAGCCUGAUGGGAAGACUGGAGUGCGCUGGAAGAACAUACCCGGUGCAAAAAACGGGAAUACUUUAGUUAGCUUUGAUUACAUCAAUGCUCAGCUGUCAGCUGGAAACAUGGAUGAUUCCAAAUUGAACUUCAAGCACACAGCUAUUAUCAUAAAUGACGACUUCGACCAUCCAUUUUUUGUAGAUUUCCCCAUAACUGGAUUGACUUGGGAGAAUAUGGCUGAAGGAUUUCUCGUCUCACUUCCCCUACAUCCCGGCGAAAACACAAUCCUUGUUCGGGGAGAAGGCGAAUGGGCCCCAGACUUUCACUGUUUAUCGGUCGAGCAAACAGCUUAACAGGACAAUCCUUUUUUCCAUCACAGACACUAUCCCGGUAAUCAUCAAACCGCAUCAUCUUUUAAUCUUUUCCACACCAUGGUCGGACUAUGUGUGAUCCCCAAAUGUAAACAGGGAUGUCAUUUGAUGAACAUGCUCUGAGUUAAUCCAAUAUCCAAAUGUGCAAUAAAAAAAAUAAAUAUG